UCAGUCUUGUGGAGGUUUGGGCUUCUGUUUGGUCGGAGAAGGGGAAGAACGAAAUUAAGAUUGCAGGCCAUCGACUCCGUCACACCUUCCCGGAUUUUUUCCUCUUUUCUAAAUGGAUUUAAGUAAAACUGAAAUCAACUUGAAGCGGCUGCUGGCUACUGCCCCUCGUCAGAAGGAUCAAGCCAAACUAAUACAUUAUGUUACUACUUUAAGAGAGCAGUUGGAGCAACUUGCAGAAGAGAAAACACCUGAAGGCUUAUCAAGAGUUUCAAAGGCUUUGCUUGGUGAUUAUUCAGAGAAGAUAGAGGCCAUUGCUUCGAAAUUAGCUGUUCCUUUGCCUGAUGUGGAAGAGUCUUCUGAGCCCUCUACAAGUGCUUCAGUUAGAGAAUUUUCUUCUGUAGUAGAAGGAGAAGUAAACACCCUUUCAUCUCCAGGACUAAGGAGGAGAUUUCAGCCUUCCUCUGUUGUGGACGAUAGAUCUCAUGGUACCAUCAAAGAAGACUCGUCAGCACCUGUCAAGUUGGAUGCAGCAGCAAUAUCCCACAUCGAGAAACACAGGAAGCUUCAAGAGGACUUGACUGAUGAAAUGGUUGGCUUAGCAAAGCAACUGAAAGAGAGCAGUCUGAUUAUGAGCAAAUCUUUGGAGAACACUGAAAAGAUACUGGAUUCCACAGAGAAGGCCGUUGAGGAUAGCUUGGCAACCACCGGUCGGGUCAACAAACGUGCUGUCGAGAUUUACUCAGAGAGCUCGAAAACUUCAUGCUUCACUUGGUUGGCAAUCUUUGCAAUGACCUGCGUUUUCGUAAUGGUCGUGCUUCUAAUUCGAGUCACUUGAACUACCAGGAACUAAUUUGCAUUCUCGAAUUUAGUUCACAAACUUUCAGACAAAAAAGAAACCAGAAUAGAUGGUGAGAAUUCAUAUCAAAGGCCCUUCUUUAAUUUUAAAUAUUGUGACUAAGUUAGCAAUGGUUUCAAAAUUUGCAGUUUGGUACGCUUAAUACGUAUGUAGUUGAAAUUUGAGAAUUUGUUAGAGAGAGAGAUAACCUCUGAUUUCUAAUGUACAGAUUUGUCUAUUUUACAGACAAUUCCAAAAUUUGUCUUGUGCUAUAUAUUGUAUUGUUCAGUAGAAGUA